GGCUCCUACGGGGUGGUGAAGCUGGCCUACAAUGAGGAUGAUAACACCUACUAUGCAAUGAAGGUUCUCUCCAAAAAGAAGCUGAUGAGACAGGCAGGCUUCCCCCGUCGUCCGCCGCCCCGCGGGGCCAAAGCUGCCUCCGAGGGCUGCCUGCAGCCCAAAGGGCCCAUCGAACAGGUCUACCAGGAGAUCGCCAUCCUGAAGAAGCUGGACCACCCCAACGUGGUGAAGCUGGUGGAGGUCCUGGAUGACCCCAGUGAGGACCACCUGUACAUGGUGUUUGAACUGGUGAAGCAAGGCCCCGUGAUGGAAAUCCCAACCUUGAAACCUCUCAGCGAGGACCAGGCUCGGUUCUACUUCCAGGAUCUGAUCAAGGGCAUUGAAUACUUGCACUAUCAAAAGAUAAUCCACCGGGAUAUUAAGCCUUCCAACCUCCUCGUGGGGGAAGAUGGGCACAUCAAGAUUGCUGACUUUGGAGUGAGCAACGAGUUCAAGGGAGCCGAUGCCCUCUUAACCAACACGGUGGGCACCCCUGCCUUCAUGGCCCCAGAGACGCUCUCAGAAACCAGGAAAAUCUUCUCCGGAAAGGCUUUGGAUGUCUGGGCCAUGGGGAUCACGCUGUACUGCUUCGUGUUUGGGCAGUGCCCUUUUAUGGAUGAAAGGAUCCUGAGUUUACACAAUAAAAUCAAGACCCAGAUGUUGGAGUUCCCAGACCAGCCAGAAGUUACAGACUUCUUGAAGGAUUUGAUUACACGGAUGCUGGAUAAAAAUCCUGAAUCUAGGAUUUCGGUCCCAGAAAUCAAGGAAAGUACUGUGCAACAGCCUUUCGCAGGAGAUUUCUGUUCCUCCGCCCCUGCAGGAACCUGGAAGGGGCGAGAAGCUGAGAAAAUGGAGACUAAGUUGCACCCUUGGGUCACCAAGAACGGAGUGGAGCUGCUGCCCACGGAGGAUGAGAACUGCACCCUCGUCGAGGUGACGGAGGAGGAGGUGGAGAAUUCGGUCAAGCAUAUCCCCAGCCUGGCCACUGUGAUCUUGGUUAAAACGAUGAUCCGGAAGCGAUCCUUUGGGAACCCGUUCGGGGGGAGCAGGAGGGAAGGGCGGUCGUUGUCUGCCCCUGGGAACCUGCUGCCGAAACAAGGCAGUGAAGAUAAUCUGAAAUGCAACGACUUGCCCAACGUGGGAGAGGAAGAGCUUCUUUCGUGA